AAAAAGUCCAUUGAUGCGAGGAACUGAAUUUCUACUUUCCAGGGCUUGAACGCAUUCAUUGAUGUUUAAAUUCACUGCAACAAUGCAGCAUUGAAGUGUGGAUUUAUAAUACUUGGCAGAGAAAAAUUAAUGUGCUUGAUUCAUGAUGGUUGAUUGUUGCCAAGCUGUAGAUCUUUGAUCCCCACUUGAAAAAUUAUAUAUUUUUUUUCAAUAAAUUUUGGUUUAAUAAGAUUCAUGUGUCUAUAUGAAGUGUUUCAAGUUUGUUCAGGGGCAUUGCAAAUUCAUUGAAGCAAAUGCUGGAAGAGUUUUCCUGGGAUUAAUGUUGUUCUCUCAAAUUACCCACCUUCAUUACCGAAACGGGUUUUGAGCAAAGAAUUUCCCAUUGUUCAAGCAAGAUUUAUUGGAAUUAUAGUGGAAGGUGAACAUAUACUGCCUUGGUUGGGAAUUUAGUUCUGGUGCAUUUGAAAUUUUCUGCAACGGUGAAUUGGUAAGGUCCCCCUUAUGUUUUGUUUGUAUUUAUUGCGGGUAAUUCUAGUGAUUUACCAUUCUUAUUCAUGUUUUUGUCAAAUCUCCCUUUCUUUCGGUUAUCAUUACUGUAAAAACCAAUUCACCAUUGAUCAUUGGAAGCUUGAAGGUAGUAGUUUUAUAUUUUAAUUGGUGAUAUGAAAUAUUGGUCUGUAUUUUGACUGCUUGAACUUAGAAUCACUGCAAAAUGUGUUGAUAUAUUAUAGACAUGUAAAUAUAUUCUACAAGUUUGAUGAGUUUUGCCUCAGAGUUUCUCACACUUUGAGGGACGUUAGUGUAUUCUGUUUCUGGUCCUAACUUGAUAGGAAGAUAAAUAGAUGAAGGCUUGCAUAUUAUCUUUUUGAUUAAAAGAAUUAGAAGUAUAAUUAAUGGAGGUCAUUGAGGAGCAAAGAUGAGCUGUCAUAAAGUGUUGUGAUGUUGUGAUAAUUAGAAUAUAGGAUGAUGAUGAUGAUGAGAAUAGUUACAAGAACUUUUUUUACCAUUUGCAUAUAUACCAACAAGUGCAUUCAUACUUUGGUAAUUCCUGAGGAAAAGAUUUAGCAUAGAGUGUUAAGUCUAAUUAUAGAAAGGAAAUUUGUUUUUUAAAUCUAUUAAUUCUCCAUGAGGUACAGUUAUUGAAGGGUGUUGAUUUGAGAAAAAAUGGGUUAUGCUAAGUGUUAUCAAAGUGAAAACUUUGACAUAAAUUUGCGUGGAACAUCAAAGUGAAAAAGUGAUUCAUAACGCACUUGACAAUGAAUCAUGCAUGAAGGACUAUUUGCUCCAAACUUGCUUGCUCUUGCUUUUCUUUCAUACAUACGAGCAGAUUCAUACCCAACCUCUUUUCAUAUUGCAGGUCUUCUCUAAAUUGGAGCAGAAAAGGUUUCCUGAUGCACUGGGGUUAAAAGAUCUGAUUGGCAAUAUAUUACCAUCAUCGGCAUUUUGGAAAAACCUUAAUUGGUCCUAGCUGCUUUGAAAUUUGAUACCUGUCAUCAAACCAAUUGAAACUCACAACUUUCUGGAAAUAAGUACUUGGAAGACAUUAUCAAUCUCUUGAAUUGUGGAUAUUCAACACAUCCAAAUUGACCAAACAAGAGCAAAGUGAAUCCCACUGAUUAUAUUAGUUUAAAUUAUUAUUUUGGUGACACUAAUCCCAUGGAAAAGGAGUGCUAGAUUAUGGAAAAUUUAUCCCAGUUUCACUUCAUUUGCAGAGGAUGGCUAAUGAUGAACAUCAACGGCGCGCCUUUUCCUUACUUUAAUAAAGACGGUAAUGGCUAUAUUGAGGCGGAAGAACUCCAUCAGGCUUUGAUGGAAGAUGGACCCGAUGACAGCACGGAUGUUGCCAAUGAUAUUCUACGAGAAGUUGACACUGACAAGGAUGGAAAAAUCAGCUACGAUGAGUUUGUAGCCAUGAUGAAAACUGGAACAGACUGGCGGAAAGCCUACCGACAGUAUUCCAGAGGAAGAUUUAACAGCCUCAGUGUCAGGCUAAUGAAAGAUGGGUCACUAAACAUGGGCAGUGAGAACUAAUCAACAAUUGCAGAAGGUUUUACCACUGUGCAGUGGUGCACUGAUUGACAUUUUCCCUCCC